CGUUGUGGAUGUUUUGGUUGGAAUCGCGUCCGCUCCAGUUAUUUCUGCCAUUUUGAGAGAAUACAGUCUGCGCUGGAUUAUGCAUCGAAAAUCAUGAGAUUAAGUCUUUGGUUGUUUUGGUUGAGAAGAACACUGUGACAGACACACAAGCUGAGCAAAACAAUCUGAUCCAUGAAUCAUCCGACUAGCUGGGUUACAUUUGAAGAUGAAGGGACACCCUUCUCUUCACCCCAAAAAUCACUGUGCUCGUCUACAUCAACCUCAGGUUCAAUACCUCGGCCAAAUGGUUUGAAACUUGUUCUGCCAUCUUUGGGGAAUGAAUCAUGGAGAUUUAGCACUGCCCUAGAAUCUCCUUCAGUGGAUUUUAGCCACAACGGAAGCUCAUAUGUGCCCAGCAACACUCCCAUGAGCACACCGGUAAGGGCAACUCCAGCAGGUCAGUCUCCCUUUCAUUGUGGACCUCACGAGCAGCCGAACUUCUCGAGCUCUUUGAACAGCUUCUCUCCAGAACUUCAGAGAGACUCCAUGAAAAAGACCGAAGGCUCCAGGUCUCUCGACAUAUCCCAAAAUGAGCCGGGCCAUUUGAACCCCUUCUGGGGUGAAGCAGAUCAAAAACGAGUGUCUUGGAGCUCAUCGUCAGACUCAGACUCUGGUCCCAGUUUGCCUCGUUUUUUUAUCCGUACAAAAGUUGGUAACGAGCCAUCCUGUGACAACCUUCAAUACUCCUACUCCUAUAUCUGCCACAAACUAGAACAUCUAAGAACAAAGGAGGGUCAACCGCAGGGUAAUGAUGGGAAAGUGAAGAGAGAGAAUGAACCUUCUGGCUUAGAGAUUGUGAAAGAUAAAGAUGUGAGAAGAACUCCAUCCUUUGUUCCACAUGGAUUGUUCCUCAGCCAGAGAAGACACGGUUGGUCCUUGAUGCUUCGAAUACCUGAGAAGAAGAACCGGAUGUCCUCCCGCCAGUGGGGGCCGAUAUACCUACAGCUGUUACCCGGAGCACUGCUGCAGUUGUUCUAUGAAAAGGGCUUGGAGAAACCUUUCAAAGAGUUUCAGCUGCAUGCUAACUGCUGCCUCUCAGGUCCAAAGCUAGAGAGCUAUGGCGAACCACGUAAGAUCGCCACGUUGAAGGUAGAGCAUGUGUCAUAUGUUGAGAAGAAGCGUUAUCACCCUAAACCCGAAGUGAUGCAUGAACCAGAAGUAGAGCAACUCUUGAAGUUUGGCACCACAGAAUAUGGAGACAUGGAGGACCUGCUAGUGUCCAUUCAGGAAGAGCUAAUGCAGAUACCAGUUCUAUGCCAACAGCACAAACACUAUGAAGAGCAGGAGCUAACUCUGCAGAUAUCUGACCACAUCUGGAUGCAACAGGAUAAGAGCGGCGCUGUUGUUCAAUCUGUGGCCAUCACUCAAAUUCACUGUCUAGCUUUCUUAAACGGUGCAAUGGAGUGCUUCUUGGCACUUAAUGAUCUUGGACUUCUCAGACAAGCUCCUGGGUAUGGCUCUGCAGAGGAUGAUGAGGUCUGGAUGGAGAUCACGGAACACCAUUUCCAUAGGUGUGUCAGAGAAUCUGAGUUUCUAGACAAACGCCUGAUAAAGUUCUGCCCUCCUGACGCUUGUCGAGUGGAGCUCAUGCGCUAUAGCACUGCGUCCCUCCAUUGUGGAGAAUCACCUCUGUCCAUUAAAGCUAUGGUAACCGUGCAGGGUGCCUGCAUUGAGCUGCAGGUCUUCCUCAACCUCAUGUCGAAUUUCCCAUCUCCUGGAGGUACUUCAGAGACGUUCUGUGAAAACAUCGUCCUUCGAGUGCCUUUUCCAGGGGAUUGGGUGAAAGUGCCGACUAGCACGUCACUGCUGCGACAGAAAUCUCUCAAGGCUCGCAUGAACCGAAAUGCAUGCUUGGGUUCAGCGCUCAUGUCAGAGUCCCACUCUGUGAUGCAGGUGUCUGUCGGCACAGUCAAAUAUGAAAAUGUGUAUCGAGCCAUUGUGUGGAGAAUUGACCGACUUCCUCCGAAGAAUGUGGCGGUGGAGCAGCCUCAUUCAUUUGCGUGUAAACUGGAGCUGGCGUCAGAUCAGGAGAUUCCUGCUGAUUGGUUCCCAUUUGUCACCGUUGAGUGUGAGGUGGCUGAUGUGGUAGCGUCUCACACACGGGUGAAAUCAUUGGGAACCGAAUGUGACAUUCAGCCUCAGAAGCACACAAGCAGCCGGGCGUACUAUCACUGCCAGGUGGAAAUCGAGAAGAAAUUGAUUGAAGCUGAAUCACAGAAGCAAUUGAGUUGCACAACACACCAGGUCUUCAACCUCCUCAGAGCACUGAAGCUCCUCUCUGCUUCCGCAGAGGCAUCGAGUGAACGCAACAUGCUCUCAAACGCUAAUACUCUGCCAAAGCUGUAUUUGUCUAUCAUCGACGAUGUUAUUGAGAGUAUUAGAGAGUUAUUUUAUGACGAAGGAGUGGAUGAGAGAGUUCUGGAUCACCUGAAACAGCUCUGGGAGUCAAAGGUCAUUGAGUCUAAAGCCGUGGAGGGUUUCAUCAAAGACCGCAAUCCAUCUAAUUUUGUUCUGCAGCUUCCGACAAACUUCAGUCAAACUCUUCAUAAACCCACCGUUGUCAUUCCUGCGGCUCACAAUAUCACUUCUAAAACUAACAACUGUGGAUCUGUGGCCACGUUCUCUCUGCCGCCCGGAAUCACGUAUCCAGUUCAGAUUCCCGCUGGUGUCACGCUACAGACGGCCUCAGGACAUUUCUAUAAGGUCAACGUUCCUGUGAUGGUGACGCGAGGAGCUCAACCCAUCCUGACACGACCCGAGCAGAACUCCAACCCACCACCUCACCCCACCACUGUCACUCACGGUCUCCUCGGCCGGCUGUCUGACGCAUGCCGCCCACCACCGUCUGUCUGUCCUGUGCCUAAGAAUCUGAACUCCCCUCUGCACAUGCUCGGUGGACUGUUCCAUCAGCCCGAAAAACCCACCGCUCACCCCAAUGCUGACGGACCACCCCCCUCGCCCGCAGACAGUCAGAGUGAGUUUACCCUCGAUGGCAUAGAGUUCAGCCCCCAGCUCGACACCACGUCACCCAUCACCCCGCAUGCACAGGGCCCGCGGUCAGAGUUGGCUGCCAGUUGUGCUUCGGAUGUGCUGAAAACGCCUUUAAACGAGCAGGAGCGUGUUGCAGCAUCGGGUGUUGCUGAAUGGAUGCCUCCAUCACACCUGCACACUAAAGCUAAAAGUGACAUUAAGAACGACCUGAACCUCAAUGAGCUGGUAGAGCUCUCGCAGCUGGACGGGAUCGCUGACAGUAGCUCGGACACUGAAGAUGAUGAUGAUGAUGAAGAUGAUGAUGAUCUGGGACUCGUUGGAGAGAAUGAGUUCCUGGGAAUGAUCAGUGCCAAUGAGGAGGAAGAGGAGGAAGAGGAUCCACUGAACUCUGGGGAUGAUGUGAGCGACCAGGACAUCCCAGAGAUCUUUGACACAGAGAACGUCAUUGUUUGCCAGUAUGACAAGAUUCACCGCAGCAAAAAUCGAUGGAAAUUCUACUUGAAAGAUGGAGUCAUGUGUUAUGGAGGGAAAGACUAUGUUUUCUCCAAGGCUGUUGGGGAGGCCGAGUGGUGA